UUUAAAAAGUAUCGAAAUGAAGGCUCUAUUAUUGUUAAUUUUUACUGUUGCCCUUCCAUUAACUUUGAGCUUCUAUCCUGAUGAGAAUACCGACAAAAAUAUGGAAAACUGCAAUAAAAAGGUGUCAAGCCGUCUAAAAGUCCAGAAUCGUACUGAUAAACUUUAUAUUGAUUGCCUUGAGGACUGUUUACUGGAGGAGUUUGGUUUUCUGGAUAAGGGAAAGUUAAAUUACAACGAGAUCCGAAAGAGAUCUACUUUAAAUGAAAGUCAAAUCCAAAAAAUGAAUGAAAGUUGCCUGAAGUUGGAAUUUUCAAAAAUAUGUAAUGUAGCCCACAAACUUUUUGAGUGUCUUAAAUUAAUAUAGUUCUAUAGAUUGUAUGAAAAGUGUUUCAGAAUAUUUCAAAUAUUUAAAUACAUAAACAUCAAUAUAUGUA